AUGUCUGAAAGAGAAUUGCCUGGAUACACAUACUUACCCCCACCAAGGCUGUCAUACCAGCCUUCUAUAGCUCUAGUACCUGGAGUCAUGCAGGUGCGUCCUCCUGCUAGUCCUGCCAGUCCCGUUGGUACUGGUGCUGGCACUCCAGGUGCUGCUGGUACUACUGGUAUUACUGGUAUUUCUAGUACUACUGGUACUACUGGUACUGGCGGUACUGCGCUCGGUACCGUGCCCACUAGUGCACUUACCAAUAACAACAACAACAACAACAGCAGCAGCAGCGGCAAUGCGUACAUGACGUCUGCACUUGCGUCCUGGAACCAGUACCAGUACCCGUGGUUGCAACACCCGCUGCUGAGCCGCGUGAUAACCACGUACUGGGAGGACGAGCACACGAUAUGCCACGGAGUGAACCACAACGGAGUUACUGUUGUGAGGCGUGCGGACAACGACAUGGUCAACGGCACGAAGCUGCUGAAUGUCACUGGGAUGACCCGUGGCAGACGGGAUGGUAUUCUUAAGAAUGAGCCUGUGCGUGAUGUAGUGAAGGGCGGUCCUAUGACGCUGAAGGGUGUGUGGAUACCAAUAGACCGGGCCCGCGCCAUCGCGAGACAGGAAGGCAUAGAGCAAUGGCUGUACCCAUUGUUCAUCGACGACCUGCACCAGGCCAUCACGUUGUUGAGACAGCAGGUGCAGCCCCAGGUCCAAAUGCCCGCCCCACAGCUGCCCGUCCAGUCACAACAACUCAUCCCCCAAAUACAUCACCACAUGUAA